UGGUCGGGUUUAUAUUUCUGGGAUAUUUGGUGAUUUUUUUUUUUUUUGCGGGGGAUAAUGACUUCUAGGUGUCCUAAAUGUGACCAGUCGGUGUUUUUUGCUGAAAAAGUGAGCUCCCUAGGUAAGAACUGGCACAGGUUCUGCCUCAAAUGUGAGCGCUGUAAGAAAACUCUGUCGCCCGGCGGACAUGCCGAGCAUGAUGGGAGUCCCUACUGCCACAACCCGUGCUAUGCAGCUCUCUUUGGGCCCAAAGGAGUUAAUAUUGGCGGGGCCGGCUCCUACAUCUAUGACACUCCGCCGAACACCCCGCUUGAUGAGUCGGGGGACAGCUUCUCUGCGUCUCCCACCACCCCCUGGACAUGUGCCCAGAUGGCUAAAUUACAGAAACAUGUUUCCCCCUCUUCUGUGACAAUAUUUGAAGGAGAGAGGUCUCUCUGCCCAGGCUGUGGGAAGGUGGUAUAUUUCGCAGAGAAAGUCCGAUCUAUGGGCAGAAAUUGGCAUCGACCAUGUUUGCGCUGUGAAAGGUGCAGGAAAACCCUGACACCUGGUGCGCAUGCUGAGCAUGAGGGAAGACCUUACUGUCAUGUGCCAUGCUACGGAUAUUUGUUUGGGCCGAAAGGAGUCAACAUCGGCAACGUAGGGUGCUAUAUCUAUGAAAAAGAUGAAUCGACUCAUUCUAGCAGAUCCUGACUGGAUGGCCGUGAAGAUCACAUCUGCCUCUGAACAGCUUUGGGUUAAGUGGCAAAAAGUGAUUGAUUUCAGUUGUACAAUCUGAAAAGAUACACCCCCUCCUUCCCACUGCACCAAUUUUUUAUGUAAUUUUUGUAUUCCAGUAUUGAAUGCUACAGUUUUGAGUCCAGUUACGUUAUUCUUGGGUUUUACACUUGAGCUGCAUAAACGUAUUUUAUUAAUGUGUACGAGUAACCCAAAGGCUUCGACAGUAUAAUAUGAACCACAUUUUGUGGCUUAUAAUGCAUUUACAAAAGUUAAAAAAAAAAAAAAAAAAAAAAAAAAAAAAAAAUUCAAUCUGUGUUAAAAUAACUUUUGUUAAUAUACUUUAAACUGGCAUUUCUAAAAUGAUUAGCACUAAAAUAACAUUGAGGCUAAAAUACGAUGUCAAAGUUAACCUCUGGUAUCAAGAUUUUCUAGGAAAACUUAAUCUUCAGUUUGAGAUCUAGUUCUCCACUUGAUUGCAGCCUGACUCUUUGGAUGGGAAUGCAGUGUAAGAGGUGACUUGGCACAUUUAUGAAAGUUUUUGAAUUAUGUGUUUUUGCAUGAAUAGCUUCUAAAAUAUGAUCUAUAUCAAAGUCAUAAUAAAGAGUGAGUAAAUGGUAUAGUCAUACAUUGCUAUCUUUAUUGAACAUAUUGGAUACAUAUUCAGGCAGUGAUGGAAAAAGUGUGUGAACUGUUAGGAUAGAUGGUUACUGGAGUCAGGGGUUCAGUGGAAUUCCUUCACAUCUGACUGUCAUGAUUCUGAAUGAGGGGAAAAUGACAGGACCAGCAUGGCUACUGCUUUGGGCACUGAGAAAAAUGUUGACUACUACAUGGGAUGGUUGUGAGAGUCCACCCCAGUGAGAACAGACUGGGGACAUGUGACAACUUGCCAAUGAAAGCCAACAGGAUAUUUCAGAGGAAAAAGAUCGUGUUGCUGGAACAGAUACUUGUCCUUGUGACAUCAGCAUCUCUGGACCCCUCUAGCUGGCUUUUGUACAAGGGUUUAAUUCUGAACUUUCCAAGAUGAACAUCGCAAAGCCUGAAUGAGAUGGGUCAGUCGUGACUUUGAUUCGGCUCUCUGGGUCAUGCCAAUGGAUUGAAUCUGAACGUGAGCGCAACAGUGAAAAGCCUGGAUUGUACCACAGUCACUGGAAGGUAAGGCACUGUGAGGACUUGCCUGCUUUUUAUUUAUGAUGUUGGAGCACCCUGGAAGAAAGGGGGCUUCUUCACAACCAUUGGUGCAAUUAUAUAGAACAUCCACUGCGCAUUGUAUUCAGAAGAAUAAAUAAGACUUAAAAUGCAGAAAGAUGAAUGCUGCAUGUGAUGUCUUCAGUUGUCUUAACAUUCUCCCUGGGUUUGCCGCGUCGGUAGCGCACAUAUAAAUACAACGUUAAUAGUGCAGUUUAUGACUAUACCAACAUAAAGUGACACUUCCCUUAAAAUCUUCCUCCAACCCUUUAAUGUUUUGUCUGUAUACAAACAAUUUUUUAAAUGUCAUGAAUGACUAAAAGGCACAGGAAAUGUUGUACAGCACAUUUAACUAAAACAGCUUGUUAUAUUUUGAGUGUAUUCCUAAAUUCCAUGCGUGUGUGUGUAUAUAUAUAUUUAUUUAUAUAAAAAAAAUAAA